AUGGAAGUCAAUUUGGGCUGCGGGCCCUCGAUGGCUGCUGUUCGCGGCAUCUUCGUGAGACCCCCAUUCUACCUACAGCGGUAUUUCCUGACUGCAGCUUAUCGACGCAGAGGCCCCUCAGCCUCCCAGCUUUCUGCUUCCUGGGCUGACGCAGCAGCACCAGCAGCAGAAGGAGCUUUCGCAGCAGCUGAAACAGCAGCAGCAGCUGCAGCAGGAGCGGCUGCGAGUUGGCAGGGGUGCCUUUGCUUUCCCUGCCAGCCUUCUUACCAGUCUUCGUGUGUUUCCCACAGUCCCCUCCACCACUUCCGCUCCCGCGCAUUUGCUUCCAGCAGCAGCAGCAGCAGCAGCAGCAGCGCGGGCAGCAGCAACACAGCGAGCGGCGCCGUCGAUACACCGCGCGCGCCCAGCAGGACCUGCGCCAAGACCUCUGGCUGCAAGUCCUGUUCGCUCCUGUGCAGCAGCAGCAGCGGCAGAAGCCGCAGCAGUAGAAGCAGCAGCAGCAGCAGCAGCAGUAGGAAGCAUGAAGACAACGUGCACCGCGGGUAUUUGUUUGACCGGAUUGGGGACUCUCCGCGGUCGGACAUCCAGCGGCUUGCUGCUCUGGAUUCGCUGACUCUGUGCACGCUGAAGACAGUGCAGCUUCCUGCUGCUGUGCUGCAGAAGCUGCAGCUGCUGCUGCAGCACGUGGGCCGGAAGAAGGACUUGGAGAAGACAGGCCGGCUGCUGGCGCAGAAGACAGCAGCGAGGACUUCAGUGGAGCUUCCGAGGGUGCAGCCUUCGCUGCUGCUGCCGGAGGUGCAGCGGCUAGCUGCUGAGGCUGCAGCGCGGCAGCAGCAGCAGCAGCAGCAGCAGGUGCUGCUGCAGCAGCUGCAGCAGCCGCCGGAGGGCGUCGCUGCGGGGGAGCUGGCCGCUGCGGCGGCGCGCGCAGCAGCAGCAGAAGGCUGUGCUGCAGCGAGCUGGCGAGAGCCGCAGUCUGCGCGGAAGCUGCUGCUGCAGGGCAGAGACACGAAAGUGCUGCGGGCGCUGCCAGGUGCUGCUGCUGCGCUGCUGCAGCAGCUGCCCUGCGAAGGCCGCGAGGCCCAGGAAGCCCUUGCUGCUGCUGAAGACGCGCGGCACCGGCUCUACCGCCAGGUGACCACUGGUCACUCGCCGCUCUCUGCUGCUGCCUGGACGGCCCACCGCUUUGCUGCAGUCUACGCCCCGCUGCUGCGGAUCCUCACGGAACUCAAGAGCCGCUGCCCAGACUUCAAACCCCACAGAGUGCUGGAGCUGCAUGCAGGUUUUGCUGCUGGGCUUUUGGCGGUGCACGCGGUGUACGGACACCUCCUGCAUGCAGACCCUGCUGCAGCGCCCAGGAAGCACGGCAAGGGCCCCGACCCCGCCCUCGCAGCAGCAGCAGCAGCGGCAGCGGAGGAGCCCCCACCAGCAGCAGCAGCAGCAGCAGCAGCAGCAGCAGCGACGCCGUUUGAGUUCAUGCUGGCUGUAGAGCCUUCCGAACACUUGGCCAACAUCGGCCGCUACUUGACCGCCGACUUGUCGCCCCCAGUUGUCUGGCAAAUGGCCCUCUACGACGAGGGGCUGCGCCGCCGCCCGCAGCAGCAGCAGCAGCAGCAGGACGGCGAGGACGACCGCUUUGACUUGGUGCUGCUGCCGCACGUGCUGCUGCGCUCCGUGGAGGGCCAGGCCAGUCGGGAAAGUUUGCUGCGGUCGCUGUGGGGCCGCCUGCGGGCCGGCGGCGUGCUGCUGCUGCUGGAGCGCGGCACAGUCUCUGGCGCGCGGGUUGUGGGGAGUGCCCGCGAGCUCUUCAUCAGCGAGCUCGGCAGCAGCAGCAGCAGCAGCAGCGGCAGCAGCAGCGGCAGCGGCAGCAGCAGCAGCAGCGGCAGCAGCGGCAGCAGCAGCAGCAGCAGCAGCAGCAGCAGCAGCAGCUUUUACUUCGUGAGCCCGUGCCCGCACGAGGGCCCCUGCCCGCUGAGCAGCACGGGGAGGGACUGGUGCCACUUCGGGCAGCAGCUGCAGCGGCUGGCGCAUGCAGUGUACAGCAAGGGGCGGCGGAGCCGGAGUGUAGAGACAGAGAAGUUCAGCUACUUGGUGGUGCGGAAGGGUGUGGGGCCCCGCAGCAAGUUUGGCUGCGCUGCUGCUGCUGCAGCAGCAGGGGCACCCCCCGAGGCGCUGUCCUUCUUCUGGCCGCGGCUGGUGGGGCCCCCGCUCCGCGGCAGCAGCCACGUGCUGCUGGACUGCUGCAGCAAACCCCACACUUUCCAAAGACUUGCUGUUUCCAAACAAAUGCUGCAUGCAGCAGGAUACAAAAAAGCUCGUGCUGCAGCAUGGGGGGACCUGUGGAGACACCCCGCGCGCGUCGUGCGCCCCGACGCCCGGCUGUACGUACACCCCGAGAUCCGCGAGGCCGCAGACCGCCGCCUCCGAAGCAAACUGCAGCACGCAGCAGCAGCAGCGGGUUGCGAGAAGGCGCAGAGUGAAUGCAAUUACGAUGCAGUAAAGGGGAGUCAAAGUGAAAGUCGUUUCGAAAGAAAACAAAAAUCCCAACUCAACUUGCGAGCUGCUGCAGCACUCGCAGACACCUUCAGCAGGUACUGCGGCCAGUAG